AUGUCUUGGUUCUCAAUCCAAGCACCACCAUCCUCAACUUCUUCCACACUUACUUCACCACCUUUAUCUGCUUCCGUCAAUACUAUCAAUCCAGUCACAUCUCGUUACCCCGAUCAAUCCCUUUUCGGAACUCUUACAGAUGAGGAUACGGCUUGGUUAGCUCAAUCGUCUGGCUUUGUGACUGAGACUCAAACCUUUUAUAUCACCUUACCGGGUGGUAAAUUAGUAAUGUGUCAAGUCAUUCAUUCUGCUGUUGGUCUUUGGUACCCGCAGAUUCAAUUUACUUUUCGUUACUACGAUCCUGAAACCAAAACUCACGUAUGGAAAUCGACCAAUGUCACGAAUUUCAAAGUAUCACCACCAUCGAAUUCGAAACCUAAAGUCAACUACGAUCGUCGAUCAUGCAAAUCUGAUCAAUUUUCAAUCUUACUCGAUCCAUCUCAACCCAAUACUUAUCAUGUAAACGGUCAACAUGACAAUAAUGUAUCAUUAGAUUUUAGUAUCACUCAAUUAUCUGGUGUACCAGGUUGGAAAUUAGGUCAUGAUGCUCAAGGUGGUUUUACUUAUUUUGGUAAUUCUAAUGGAAAGAAACCACAAGUUGGAAACAAACCUGACACGACGGCUGGAUCAGAUGGAUAUGUGGUACAUCGAUUCUGGCCUCGUUGUACUUUAACUGGAGAAAUCAACAUUGAUGGUCAACGAAUUCAACUUGAUACCGGUCGUGCUAUCUUCAUUCAUGCAGUUCAAGGUAUGAGACCUAAUCUCAUUGCUUCUCGUUGGAACUUUUGUAAUUUUCAAUCGGUUCCUACUGGAGGUGAAGAAGAAGACCAAGGUGUGAGCUUAAUUACUAUGGAGUUUACUACCGUUCCUGGAUCUUAUUAUGGUCCAGCUCAAACCAUCACGGUCGAUCGUGCUACAGUUCCUGACACAUUACUUUCUGUGGCUGGUUCACCUCGUGCUCAGACUACCCAUGAAGGUCCGUUUAUGCUUGAUUCGGAUACUGGCUAUCAAGCACCAGCAGGAUUAAGUUUUGCUUGGAAAGGUCCGGUGAUUGAAGGAGAAGGAGAAUUGAAAGCUGGAGUUAAACUCGAUUUGACAUCAUCUAGUACUACCAAUUACGAAACGAAAGGUUUAAUCGAAAAAGUGGAUGUGAUGGCUCAAAUCCCUUAUUUGAUUAAGAAAUUCGUUGCAACGGUGGCUGGUGCUCGUCCUUACAUUUAUACUUGGCAUAAUCCGGCUCAAGCUACGAUUGAAAUGCCUUCUUCAACGGAAGCUUCAGGUUCCAAGACGAUUACCGUUGAUGGAUACAUGUUCAAUGUGUGUAUCAAAUCCUCUCCAACCUUGUGA